AUGUCCUCCAAGCAUAUCAGUCAGGAGACCUUUGAUGCCGCUGUGCGUGAGAACAUUGAGGAGUUCGAGAUGGGCCCAGAGGAGGCUGUGAGGGAAGCCAUGGAGCAGUUUGAGUCACAAGGUGUUGAUCUAAGUAACAUCGUGAAAACAGUGCCCAAAGUCUCUGCAAAUGGACCCCAGGAACCAGAACAUGACGUCCUUCAGGCCCUGAAUGCCCUUCGGGAAGCCAUGACCCACUCCUCCCAAGGACAAAAGGUGUUGAUGCCCCUGGCCCAAUUCCGAGAUCAGUGCCAGCAGCACAAGCCCAACCGUUUCCUGGCUGCCCAGAAGGGGGCCUACCCGGUGCUCCUUGCCGCUUGGCAGCUGGCCACAGCGGAUGACCCGGCCCUCCUGCUCCAGGUGCUGGAUGCCCUCUCGGCACUGACAGAUGGCCAGCCUGACCUGCUGGAUGCCCAUGGUCUGCAGCUGCUGGUAGACACCUUAGCCCAGGGCUCAGGUACACCUGACCUCGCGUGUGCUGCACUUCGCCUCGUGCGCCACGUUUGCCUGAAGCAUGAGCAGAACCGACAGGCCCUGGUCAAGGCAGGCGUGCUGCCCCUGCUCACUGGAGCCAUCACCCAGCAUGGCCACUGUGCUGAUGUCGUCCGGGAAGCCUGUGGGGCACUCCGAAUCAUGACCUUUGAUGAUGACAUCCGUGUGCCCUUUGGCCAGGCCCACACCCAUGCCAAGAUGAUUGUGCAGGAACACCAGGGCCUGAAGUUGCUGGUCAAGGCUGCCCAAGCAUUUCCUGACAACCCUGGCGUCCUGAGCGAAGUCUGUAGCACCCUGUCACGCCUCGCUGUCCGCAAUGAGUUCUGCCAAGAGAUUGUGGACCUCGGGGGCCUGGAUGUUUUGGUGGCCCUGCUGGACAGUGACACCAGCCACCAGGACCUCGUGAAGCAGGUGCUGAGCGCCCUUCGUGCCAUUGCAGGCAACGACGAUGUGAAGGAUGCCAUUGUCCGUGCCGGCGGGGCCGAGUCCAUUGUGGCCACCAUGACCCGCCACCUGGCCAGCGCCCAGGUGUGUGAGCAGAGCUGUGCUGCCCUGUGCGCCUUGGCCCUGCGCAAGCCUGAGAACAGCCGGGUCAUCGUGGAGGGAGGCGGGGCCCUGGCCACACUGGAGGCCAUGAAGGCACAUCCUAAGGAAGUUGGUGUGCAGAAGCAAGCCUGUAUGCUGAUCCGAAACCUCGUGGCCCGAGCCCAGGUCUACUCGCAGCCCAUCCUGGACCUGGGGGCUGAGGCGCUAAUCCUGCAGGCACGUGCUGCCCACCGUGACUGUGAGGAUGUGGCCAAGGCAGCUCUGCGGGACCUGGGCUGCCGCGUGGAACUGUGUGAACUCUGGACAGGCCAGAAGGGUGGCCUGGUGCUGUGA